GCUACAAUUGUGCAAAUGAAAAUACCACCACACAUCUAAGUGGUCGCAGUUCAACAACUCAUCGCCAUAACAGUAUUGGUAUUACAACUAUUCAGCACAUAUCACAUCAAGUUCCUCUAAAUGGUAUAACCGCGCCGCCGCUUAAUCAUACAGAUGGCAAUCAACACAACAGAACCCAUAAAAUAAAUGGGUGUGUGAACGAUCCAGCAGAUAUCGUCUUUCUUCUCGAUAGAAGUCGCAGUGUCGGAGCCGCGAAUUAUCGUCACGGAUUGGAUUUCAUUAAAGAUUUUGCAAAGCACUACAAAAUAGGACCUCAAAAUGUGCAAAUAGGAGUAGUAUCAUUUUCUGGUAGUACAACAGAAGAAAUCAAUAUGAAGCAAUAUACUAAGAUACACGAUCUAAAUACAGCCAUAGAUAAUAUUACAUAUCCCAGUCAGCAUGGCGGAACUCAUACAUCAACUGCAUUGCAAUACAUCCGAGAAAAUGGUUUCACUCAUAAAUCUGGGGAAAGACCACAUGUGCCAAAUUUUCUCGUUGUAAUUACUGAUGGUAACUCUCGACCACCAGAAUUCUAUCCUGACAAAGAAGCGGCUAAAUUACACCAAACAAACAUAGAAACAUUCGUCAUUGGAAUUGGUAGUGUUGAUCCAAGUGAACUGAGACUGAUUGGCACGGACGACAAACAUGUCUACACAGUGACAGAUCAUUUAGAUUUACAUAUACCGUUACGUCAUAUCCGAUGUGAAAAUUUCAAAACAUUACCACCAACCACAUUAGAAACUACAACCAAACCAGCCAUUACAACAACAACUACGAAAGUUACAACUACCAAAACAACUGUACGGACUACUACAUUGUCAACAACUAGUUCUUCAAUCCCAAGUACAACACCAAUAUCAACAACACUAAAGACAACACAAACAACAACACCAACGCCAACAACACAGACAACGACACAAACAACAACAACACCAAUUCCAACACAGACAACCUUAUCAACAACAAAAGCAAAGGGUUUAGUAGAAUGUAUGGGAUGUAAGCGGAUAGCGGAACCUCACGACUGUGAAAAAGUAAUAACAUGUGCUGAACAUGAGCAAUGUUCAACAGACUUCUACAUUACUCCACAAGGACACGUAUUUUAUGACCUUGGAUGCAGAACAAAUCGAGUCUGCGAUGCCAUUUCUAAAUACGGAAAGAGAGAUACCGUUCAGAAACGCCAAGAUGGAAACUUAUACGUAUGCCAGGAAUGUUGUAAUACGGAACACUGUAAUCGGUUUGGUUGCAUAGAUAAAGCUAAGCUGAAUAGAACUGUUUGUUUUAACUGCGUAGACGUGUCCAAACCAAGUGACUGUGAUGUAAUUGAAAUAUGUGAUGUCGAUAAGAAAUGCUUUGCAAGACAUUACAUUACUGAUAUGUUCGUGGAAAGGUGGAGAUUGGGAUGUGAAGAUAAACGGAAAUGUACAGAUAUCGCUAAGUAUUCCAUGUAUGCAGGUCACCCUAAAACCAAGAAACAAGUAAUAGGUGGAUCUGAUGGGUUUGACUUGUGUUACUAUUGUUGUGACGACAACUUCUGUAAUAAGAAAGAUUGUGAAAAAGGAAAACUAAGUACAGCAGUUCAAAAAAUGAUGACAACACAGACAUAUAUAUCGACUAAGAAGAUGGGACUGUAUACUUCUCCAAGUACGCCAUAACAUCAAAUGCACACACACAAGCAUUUUUCAACUUUGUAACUGCCGUACGUCUUGUAUAAAAAUGAGAAGCAGAAAUAAAAAAAAAAUAUAA